UCUGUGCUUUAUAGAUGUACAUAAUCCCUGAGAUGACCCAGAAAACAAACUCCUCUGACUGCCGAGACAUUGCAGAGUUCGCCGCAGGGCUGCAUGUAGCCGGAGCAUCAGCUGAAGGAACUACGCCGGCACUGAUCCAACUUCUCAGCCGAUUCCACAAUAAAAUAUCGGGGCGACAUGGCUGAACACAUGAUGAUGCCCAUGAACCAUGGCUUCAGGAUGGGCAUGAAUGGGCCACCACAGCACAACUGCCAGCGCAGUCUGCCCAAUGGCCAGGUAAUGCACUAUGGCAGGAACCCUCAGAGCAAUAUGGAAGCUGCCAUGAGACAGAGACCGGGUAUGGUGGGACCUGGAGGGAUGGUCCCUGUGAAUGGAGCUCCCAUGGCCAACCACCACCACCACCAAAUGAUGUCUGGUAACAUGAUGUACAAUGGCCAGUGUCCACAGCAACAGCAACAGCACCACCACUUGCACUCUCAGCAGCAGCAGCAGCAGCAGCAGCAGGGAGGACACCCACAGCAGUACCUCCCUGGGAAUCUCACUUCGCAGCAGCUCAUGGCCAGCAUGCACCUGCAAAAACUCAACACUCAGUAUCACGGACACCCGCUGAGCUCAACUAAUGGUCACCAUCUGCCAAAUGGUCCACAGUACCGGAUGGGCCCGGGCCAGCUUUCCAGCAUGCAACACAUUAGUGGGCCUUUGGGGCUGAAUGGUAUGGACAUGGAUCUGAUCGAUGAGGAGGUUCUGACUUCACUGGUACUGGAAUUUGGUUUAGAUCGCAUUCAGGAGCUUCCUGAGCUCUUCCUGGGACAGAAUGAGUUUGACUUCAUAUCAGACUUUGUGUGCAAACAGCAGCCGAGCACAGUGAGCUGUUGAGGAAUUUAGUUGAAAAGUGUUUGGUUUGUUUAGAUUCAACAGCCCAAAGAAUGACUGAAUGGCCACAGUAGCACAGCGAGAGGAGACAAUCCCCCUGUUCUGUUUGGGUAUUUCUGUAUUGUGAGUUGUUGAAGAACUGUAAUGGGCAAAAACGCAGAAAAAACACCAGGUUUCUCUGCUUUGAGACGGUGCCAGCAAGAUCCGCUGCCUUUGGCCAAAAUGGGGCAUCCUGAUGCAGCGGGCUCCGUCUGUACCCAUCUGGCCCACAGCACAUGUGCCUACAGUGCCAAGGCUUUUGGACAAUUGUAAAUUUAACAAACACAAUGAGAAAAGCUGACCUAAAAGACUGUCAUUCUGGGUCCACCAGAUUUGGUUUAAUCUUUUAAAGUGUUUUAUCUCUGAUGACAAUUUUAACUAGUAGCAGACUAUAGAUCAUACAAAUUUAUAAAAAGGUAGUUCUCUGAAUUUGCUUAUAUGAGGAAGUAAGGAUUUUUGUGUGCAUAUUGAAGGCUGGCUCUUCAAAACUGACUUUCUUCAAAAGAUGACAUUUCCUUGAAGAGCAGGGAAAUGAAGUCGUGCAUCAUUCCAGAGUGGCACAUUUUAGUUUCUUUUGUGGGUAAAAUGUGCUACAUUGAUUAUUUCAUUAUUUCAGUCAUUUAACUGACUGACUAGGUGAAAUCUGCAUUGCAUCUGUUUCCUGCUAAGUAACUAUGAUUGAAACAUUGGCAAAGUAGCACAUUUCCUUGAGUCUUGGCUUUAACAAAGCUUUUAUUUGUGCAUCAAAGUCUCACCACUCCAUGUCUGACAUUCAUAUAUGUGUUACAAGACAGGUUACUGCUGUAUGGAACUGCAAGAACAGAUGCACGGUGAAUGCCCUCUUAGCAUCUCAAAAACUGCAUAAUUAUGGCCUAUUUAAAAUGUUAAGGAAAGUUAGGUCCACAACAAAAUCAGUUACUGGUGGCAUAGCUAAUGCUUAAAUUUGUUUUCCAAAACAGGAUUUUUAAAAAAUGCAUUUGAUUGCAGUCUUUGUGUGCUUAGUGUGUACGUUUGUGGAAUAAGGUAUUUAAAUCCCACCGAAGGGCAUCCUCAUCCCAAAAGUCAUCGGUUGGUAAACCGAUCAGGAGACUGCGCAGAGAGAGGGAAUGAUAGAGAGAGAGAUUUUGGCCUGUGGACACAAUGCGUGGACACAGCACUCUGUGCAGCACUUAGUUUAAUCAUUAUUUAAAUCUGUCACUACCUGUGGCAUUGAUUUCAUUAGACUGGAAGAGCAAACAAGUAGCAAAGCUGAUGUUUUUUGCCAUAAAUGAGCUUGUUCUGCUGUGUUUCUACUGACAGGAUUUGAAUUACAUGUUCUCACAUGCUUGUCUUUACUGAGAUCAGCUUGUGCAUUCUCUAGUGACUCAGUAAUUAUAAAAUGGACAUAUAUGAUGACUUUUUCUAAAAGUAAUUAGGUUUUUGGUCAAGGGUGAAGCCUUUCCACAGCAGGUUGGAUGCAUGAUAACUUUCUGUGCUCUUUGUGGAACUGUCGGAAGAGCCAGGGCGACACUGUGUUAAUCUGUUCCAACACACCUGUGCUGCGAUUCCUGCGUCUCACUGGAGAUCUGCCAUCUUGAAGCUCUUGAGUCCAACAAUGGGCAUUGAAAUGCUGUUGUAAAGACAGAAUAAGUGCCAGCACUCUGCUUCACUUUCUCCCUGCCAGAAUUGCAGACACACUCACAACCUCAUAGUUAAGGUGGAAAUUCUUCUGGCCUUAGCAAGACAGUGGCCUCUGAUUACCGCUGUAUCAACAAGCGCAGCCUUUUUGUGUAUUGUAUCUUUGUACUGUAGACUAGAGCUGAAGCUGAUCUAGAUACAUUUAAGGUACUUUCAAAAAAAUGUUUAAAAAAGCAUUGUCAGAAAUAAAUGUAAGUCAGUGGCUGAUUUUGAUGUAUUGACAAGAGAUUAUAUCCUACUUUUUUUGUUUAUUUGUUUGUUUAGCGAAAAAGUGUGUAGAUGUUUUUGGGUGCAGGGCCUGAAGCUUUAAGACCAAGUGGACUGCAUGUGUUGAAGGAUGCAAGAGGAAUGCCACUGCUUUCUCACAAAGCAGCUGAGAAUGUACAGCACAGUACUUUGUGGGAGCUUGUCUUACAAUGGUAGAUAAACAUGUGAGAUUGUAAUCCUUAUUCCAAAUUACACACCAUUAAUUUGGGUGACAACCCACCCGCCUACCCUCCCUCACACAUUCUCCUCAUCCUCCUCCUUUCCCACUUCCACAAAGCUUUUGUAAUGUUAUUGAUUAUAUUUGAAGAAAAUGUAUUUAUUUUCAAAUAAAAUAUUUAUUUAAAGUGCUGUUUUUAAUUGUAUGUCAGUGAUUUCUUAAACCACUCUUAAAAGGAGCCAAACAUGUAACUUGUCAUAAAGAUACAGCACUGUUGAUAUAUACCGAGAGCCUUGAGAGAUGCUCUUUAUUUGCCUGAUCUUUUUUUUAUUGGUUCUCAAGACUUCCACACCCACAAUAAGCAAUGAGCAAACAGAAGAGCAAAGUACAAGUUACAUAUCCUAAAUAGUAGUGAGUCAGCACUCUGUCAACACAGAGAAUGUUUUUGUUGAUUCGUUGUGUUAUAUAAUUUAAAAAAAAAGUUUAGCAACCUGCAAAGUAACAGCAUACCAGAGUAAAGAUUUAUAAAUACAUACAUACUAAAUGGCUCAAAUGGCUCACAGAGACAUCCUCCCACACUGACACAUUUAAAUGACAAGUCUUGUUUUCUCCUAAGGCUUUUAUUUCUCUGUUAGAGCUGAAUAAAGAGCUCACUGCACAUUUCCAGCUAGAAGUUUUGCUCUACCAUUUUUCUAAAAGAACAGCUCUGUGGGGACUUACGAUUAAAAAAAAGUCUAAUUGAAAUUCUAAUUAGCUGUGCAGUAAAGUCAUACUACUAGACCUCAAAUACACGUGCUGUUUUACAUGGUGUUCGUCAAGGCAGGAUUUUGUCCUUGAGCUGUUUUUAAUAGGUUGCUGAAAACAGUGAGAACUGGUGCAGGCUUGCAGGAACCCAAAUCUGUAGAAGGACAGACACUAGUAGCAUCUAAGAUUUGUGCCACUAGCCAUGGAUUGCAGACAGUCAAGUGCUAAGUAACCCAAACCAAAAUGUUGUCCAUCCUCUAAACAUUUAAUCCAUGAUGUUUUAUUAAGUAAAAUCUAAGAAAGAAGCCUGCAUUACAUUGCCUACACAAUUAAAGUUAUUUUAAAAUGACUAGAGUAAACGAAUUAAAACACAUAGGCUUUAUACUGCAAUAUAAUGAAUUGUAAAUAAACACUAUGUAGCAGGUUCAGAAAUGUGCUGGACUUAGGAAACAUUUUUGUCUUCAUGACAAACGAGAGAAACCCAAAUAAAGAUAAAUAAGGUGUAACAACAAAGACUAUAUAAAAUA